AUGGUUUCAAUUAUUCCUAUAGAUGAAAGGAGUUUGGAUAUUAAAGAACUUCAAAACGCCAAAAAUUUUGAAGAGUUGAUGAAUUUUUGGGGCCAUGAGAUAGAAGAACACGCAAUAAAAACACAUGAUAAUUAUAUAUUAGGGGCUCAACGUAUAUCAAAUGAUAAAAAAUUGUCUAAUGAUAAUUCAUUUCAAAGAAUCAAUGGUGACGAUGAUUUAACUUCUAAUGAGUCAAGCAUUGAAGACAUAUUUAAACAGUUCAAUGUACCUUUAUCUAAUGUAACAUAUAAUGAACAAGAUGAUGAUAUUUUACCAGCAACUACUACCAAAUCAUCAUCAAUUAGUAGUGAUAAUAGUACAAAGGGUCAUGUUAAACCCGUAGUAUUAUUAUGGCAUGGACUUAUGACUUGUAGUGAGAUUUGGGUAUGUAAUGCUGAAUAUGAAAAUAGAUUAGCUUGUUUAUUGGCUGAUGCCGGAUAUGAUGUUUGGUUUGGUAAUUCACGAGGAAAUAAAUAUUCAAUGAAACAUGUUCAAUAUCCAAAUGAUAAUAAUUUUUGGAAUUAUUCUAUGGACGAAUUGAUUUAUUAUGAUUUGCCAGACACAAUUAAUUAUAUUUUAAAAGUUACUGGUGCAAAGUCACUCACUUAUAUAGGAUUUUCACAAGGUUCAGCACUAUGUUUUGCUGCAUUGUCAUUAUUACCAGAUAUAAAUAAAAAAAUUAAUUUGUUUAUAGCUUUAGCACCUGCAACAAAUCCAAAAGCACUUAAAUUAUUAUUUGGUUGGGAUUGUGAAAACAUUUCAGAAUUACAAAAAUCAAUUGGAUAUUUUCAUUUAUUCAGUUGUGCCAGUGUUAAAAGUUUAGUGCAUUGGUUACAAAUAAUACAUCAUGGAAAAUUUCGGAGGUUUGAAGACCCUUUCACAGUAACUUCAUUAAGCUCUAUUGAUCAAGAUUUUCCGUUAAAUCAAAUUUCUACACCUUUAGCAUUAUUUUAUGGUGGCAGAGAUAAUUUAAUAAAUAUGGAAUUUUUGAUGAAUAAGUUGAAUAACAACCAACAAGGAAAAGAUAGUGUGAUAGUUAGUGUUAAUAAAAUAGAAAAUUAUGAACAUUUAGAUUUUCUUUGGGCAAAAGAUAUAAAUCAAAUAUUUCCUGAAAUUUUUAAUUUAUUAAAGAAAUAUAAUUCACCUGUCUAG